GUCGACUUUACUUUUACUUUUAUGAUCAGUUUGUCAUAAAUGUUCAUACAAAUCUGGAUUGUUCAGUGUUAACUUUUUCAUUACACGUCUAUCUCAUUAAGGAAAACAUAUCAAAUGGAAGGAAGAAAAAGUAAACCUAACAACUUUGAAUGAAUAUAAGAAGAUAAGUAAACUCUUUUAAGACUUUACAAUUCAAGUUUUUCUGAGGAUGUGGUUGUGGACUUGUGAUUGCAGAGCAGGGUCAUUGCUCCAUCUUCUGAACUGCCAUUACUUCCAGUCUUUCUGUUGCAACAUGGCCAUGCAAAUGCCUAGAGCUGUUAAUUGAGAAAUGAAGCUUUUGAAACCGACUUGAAUCGAUAAUUUCCAAUACGAGUUUAAUCAAUAAAUAAGCCAUUGUGCAACCUCAAAAUUUACACAUCUUUUGUACACUUUCAUCGUUCAAAAUAUUAGUUUUGAUCAAUCAAAUUCUUUUCUCAUGUUUUUCAUAUUCACCUUUAAUCAAUCAAACUCAACUUCAUUAUACAGAUUUUUUAUUACUUUUUAAAUACAAGCACUGACAAACAAAUGAAAUUUACAGAGGAAAAAAAAAAAUUAGCAUCCAGAACUAGCAAGACACGCUGGCUUAAUUCUUAGAAGGGUCUUCGAUAUUUCCUAUUUUCUGCCAAUUUCGUAAUUCAAUUUCCAAGAUGCAUCUUUAACACCUUAACUCAUCAAAUUUGUCUAAGUCUGAUUUUUCAUAAACGUGUCAUUCACCCUGAAAAUGACCGUUGGAAAGUAGAUCAUCAUAAACUUUACAAGAACAAACACAAAUCAUGAACUGAUAAACCAACCAAACUUCCUCUUUUCAUCUAGAAAAAUCUCAAAUAAUUAUAAUAACUUAGAGUUUAAAAAACCCCAAAAACAAAACCCAGAAAACAAAACUAUAAAAUGGAAUUGGAAAUCAAAGUAAUGUGGUGUAAAGGUUUAUCAUCAUUCAAUUUCUUCCAAAAACUAACAGUUUAUGCAGCUGUUUCAAUAACCUCUGAAAAUGAGAAGCUACUACUCACCCAAGACCAAAAACAGGAACAAAAAACCAUUGUUGAUGAAGAUAAUGGGGAUGGUAAUCCAGAAUGGAAUCAUUCCAUGAAGUUCGAUUUACGUCCUUUGAAAUCGUUCAUCCCUAAUUUUGAAGAUUUGUGUCUUCUAUUCGAGCUGCGAAAUCACGGGCAGUUGUUUGGGGAUAAAACUAUUGGAGAGGUUCGUGUUCCGUUGACGGAAUUGAUUCAAUCUGUUGGAGGUGAGAUUGUCAGAUUUGUUAGUUAUGAGGUGCGUAGUCCUGAAGGUAAACAUAAUGGUAUUCUUGAUUUUUCUUAUAAGGUUAUUGGUAAUAAUAAUAAUUAUACUAGUAAUAUUAGUUCAAUUCAUAAUAUUACUGGAUACAACCAUUAUCAUCAUGGUCAUGAACAAGAACAUGAAAGUCAAGGACAUGGUACAAAUUCGGAUACUCAUGUCAUAGAACAUCAUCACCAUCACCAUCAUCAUCAUUCGCAAUUGGAUGGUAAUACAAAUUCAGAUAAUGGAUAUCAUCAUCAUUCGCAAUUGGAUGGUAAUAAUACAAUUUCAGAUACUCAUGUCAUAGGACAUCAUCAUCAUUCGCAAUUGGAUGGUAAUGCAACACAUGAUAUAAAUUCAGAUACUCAUGUCAUGGGGUACCAACAUCAUCAUCAUUCGCAAUUGGGUGGAUCUGCUUCAGAAGUGAUUCAGUACCCAAAGAUUGAUUUGGAGGAACAUUCAGUUCCGCCGUUGGUUUAUCCUCCUCCCUCGUCAUCAUCAUCAUUUACAGCAGAUUCUGCCCAUUAUCCUCCUGCUCCUGCUUUAUACCCUCCGCCACCACCACAAACGUGGGCCGAUACUCCACCGCGAAUGUCCCAUUAUCCGCCACCACAGCCUUAUGUUUAUCCGCCACCGCCGCGACCUCCACCGCAACAGCAACCCUAUGGGGUCCCACACUGGGGGUAUCAAAGGCCACCUGACUAUCAUCAUUGGUAAACAUAGUAGUCAAAGUAAUAUCAAAAAGUACUUGAUCGAACAGCAAGUUUAUGAAUUAUUUUUGUACUUUAAUGUUAGAUUCCAAAUAUUUUUCUUUUCUUAUUUUAUGUGAUUGAUUUCAUAUAAGACUAACAUUAUAAAAUGAGGGGAGUAUUAAUUAAGUUUAUCACAAUUUUGUAAGCCCUUACACAUUGUAAAACUCAUGUAAUAGAAGAAAUUGACUAUAAUUAACAGGUGAAACUCUUUGGAUGCACUUUUUAUAAAACAGGCAACAGGCAGCCAACAUGCGCAUCGCGCCUUGCCCUUUCUUG